AAGAGGAGGAGGAGGCAGCAGCGGCAGCCGCAAAGGCAGCUGCAGGGACCUCUCCAAGUUUGUCGGGACCUUCUUCGGAGGAGGCAGUGGCGCCCGCAGCCAGGGAGGCCCGGACUGCGUUCAGGCCGGGGGCGGGGGCUGAGGCUGGGCCCGGGGCUGCGGGGCCCGAGCCUCGGCUCUCCAGCUCUCUCAGCAGCCUCUGCCCCCAGGGCGCCCGAGGCCCCCCUCCGCGCCGCUCGCGGUGCUGUGCGCCCGCAGAGCCCUCCGCUUCCGUGCCGAUGUACUGGAAGCAUGAGAGCGCCGCCCCGGCGCUGCCCGAGGGCUGCCGCUUGCCGGCGGAGGGCGGCCCCGCCACUGACCAGGUGAUGGCCCAGCCAGGGUCCGGCUGCAAAGCGACCACCCGCUGUCUUGAAGGGACCGCACCGCCUGCCAUGGCUCAGUCAGACACUGAGGCCCUGGCAGGCGCUCUCGACAAGGACGAAGGUCGAACCUCCCCAUGUACGCCCAGCACACCGUCUGUCUGCUCGCCACCUUCUGCCGCCUCUUCCGUACCGUCUGCAGGCAAGAAUAUCUGCUCCAGUUGCGGUCUCGAGAUUCUGGACCGGUAUCUGCUCAAGGUCAACAACCUCAUCUGGCACGUGCGGUGCCUCGAGUGCUCCGUGUGUCGCACGUCGCUGAGGCAGCAGAAUAGCUGCUACAUCAAGAACAAGGAAAUCUACUGCAAGAUGGACUACUUCAGCCGAUUUGGAACCAAGUGCGCCCGAUGCGGCAGACAAAUCUAUGCCAGUGACUGGGUGCGGCGGGCGCGCGGCAAUGCCUACCACCUGGCCUGCUUCGCCUGCUUCUCCUGCAAGCGCCAGCUGUCCACCGGGGAGGAAUUCGGCCUGGUUGAGGAGAAGGUGCUUUGCCGCAUCCAUUACGACACCAUGAUUGAGAACCUCAAGAGGGCCGCGGAGAAUGGGAACGGUCUCACGUUGGAGGGGGCAGUGCCCUCGGAACAGGACAGUCAACCCAAGCCGGCCAAGCGCGCGCGGACGUCUUUCACCGCAGAGCAAUUGCAGGUUAUGCAGGCUCAGUUCGCACAGGACAACAACCCCGACGCGCAGACGCUGCAGAAGCUGGCGGACAUGACGGGCCUCAGCCGCAGGGUCAUCCAGGUGUGGUUUCAGAACUGCCGAGCGCGUCAUAAAAAACAUACACCGCAGCACCCGGUGCCACCCUCAGGGGCGCCCCCAUCCCGCCUCCCCUCCGCCCUGUCCGACGACAUCCACUACUCUCCGUUCAGCAGCCCCGAAAGGGCGCGAAUGGUCACCCUGCACGGCUACAUCGAGAGUCAGGUACAGUGCGGGCAGGUGCACUGCCGACUGCCUUACACCGCACCCCCUGUCCACCUCAAAGCCGAUAUGGAUGGGCCGCUCUCCAACCGGGGUGAGAAGGUCAUCCUUUUUCAGUAUUAACGCUACCGGCACUUGCGCAUCUGUCCAUGGGCACCGCACAGCUGCCCCUCAGCCGCUGAGAUCAGCAUCCAGCUGUGGCCAGGGAUCCACCUCUGCAUACACUCUGACCCACUGCCAUCCUGCCCUCUGCCAAUGGUCACCCCAGCCCAGGCCCGGCCUUUUCCUCCCCUGCCAAGGACCAGAACCCACCAGGAGCAGCAGAGACCCUCUCUGAGAAAGCAGGCUCCCUGAAAUGUACCAUCGGCAUGAAAACAAGCAGCCUGCCCUCCUCACCAAACAGGAGUCAUCGCUGACGUCAGCUGGUCACAGCAGCAAUGGCAAACUGAGUCGCGAGUCACCAACAGUCUCCUACUUCACAGGUUUUCUCCCCCCCCCCCCACAUUGGCCUUUAUUUACUACUUUCUUAGAACCAUCUCUGAAUUCUGAAUAGCCAACAACCCCCAACAUUAUAUACUCUGUUGCUUUUGUCUGGAAAACUCUACAGUGUUUGUGGGGUGUCCCCAAAGGAAAGCUAUGUUCUAGUUUUAUUUGUCUGGAAAACUCUACAGUGUUUGUGGGGUGUCCCCAAAGGAAAGCUAUGUUCUAGCUUUAUCAUUUCCAUCUGUCUGGUUAUGUCAAGUUAACUCAGAAAAAGAAGAGAUCCUGACCAACCCUGAGAGGCCCAGUAGGGCGGAGAUGGAGGCCUGCCCAGAUGAAGAGGCAGAGGGGCAGGCAGGGGUGGAUGCCAGAGAACACCCCCCAUUGGCAUGGAGGAGUGGGACUGGGUACACUGGACUUGGUGGGGAGCUGACCGUUUCAGCUACCCAGCAGGAGUCAAGGCAAGGAUGUGUACCAUCUGCAUAGUGACACUGCUGAAUGUUUGGGUGGGCUGGCAUCAGGGACCCUUGUAGACCACUUCUCAGUCCUGAGAGGA